UUUAACUCGCUUUUAAUGGAAGGACCGGCUCCGUCUAAUUCCCCUGUAAUUAAGCCCAUAAACAAAGGCGUCGUCCACAGAAUCUGCGCCGGUCAAGUCAUAUUAGACCUCUCCUCCGCCGUCAAGGAACUCGUUGAGAAUAGCCUCGACUCCGGAGCCACCAGCAUCGAAGUCGCUCUCAAGGAGUACGGAGAAGAAUGGUUUCAGGUCAUCGAUAAUGGCUGCGGCAUUUCACCCAAUAAUUUCAAGGUCGUGGCACUUAAGCAUCAUACAUCAAAGCUUGCGGAUUUUACAGACCUUGAGUCUCUGACUACGUUUGGAUUUAGAGGGGAGGCAUUGAGUUCACUUUGCGCUUUGGGGAAUCUGACUAUUGAAACGAGAACGAAAAAUGAAUCCGUUGCAACGCAUUUAACUUUUGAUCAUUCAGGUUUGUUGAUAGCUGAGAAGAAAACUGCGCGGCAAAUUGGUACUAGUGUCACUGUAAAGAAGCUGUUCUCGAAUCUACCAGUGCGAAGCAAGGAGUUUCGUCGCAACAUACGCAAGGAGUAUGGCAAACUUAUUUCCUUGUUGAAUGCAUAUGCACUUACAGCAAAAGGAGUUAGGCUAGUCUGCAGCAACACGACUGGAAAGAAUGCAAAGUCUGUAGUACUUAAAACGCAAGGAAGUGGUUCCCUCAAAGAUAACAUCAUACAAGUGUUUGGCCUGAACACAUUUAGCUGCUUAGAGCCUUUGUCUAUAUGUAUAUCAGAUGGAAGCAAAGUUGAGGGGUUUCUUUCCAAGUCUGGACAGGGUAGUGGCCGCAAUCUGGGAGACAGACAAUACUUCUUUGUAAAUGGUAGACCAGUGGAUAUGCCUAAAGUCAGCAAGCUUGUGAAUGAAUUAUAUAAAGGUGCAAACUCUAGGCAGUAUCCCAUAGCUAUAAUGAAUUUUAUCAUUCCAACUAGAGCAUGUGAUGUCAAUGUGAGUCCCGAUAAAAGAAAAGUAUUCUUUUCCGACGAAAGCUCAAUUUUGCAAUCUCUGAGAGAGGGUUUGCAGCAGAUAUAUUCCUCACAUAAUGCCAAUUUCUAUGUUAAUAAAGUUGAGGAGAACUCUAAGGAAGCUGAUUUCUCUGAGUUUUGCUCUUCACUGGAAAAAUCUAAUAUCUUUCCAGAACAGUUACCUCCAGCUGGAAUCAAUUCAAAAGUUUCCAUGAGGGAACAUUCUGUAGAGGGUAAAACCUCUCCUAGAACAGUUAAAAUAAAUGCUCAAAGUUUGCAGUUAUCGGAAGGAUCAGUUGCUAGUGAUCAUGAGAACUCAUUAAGGAAGGACUUGACUCUAAGAGUACAGGGAACAACGAAGAUUGAUGGUGUUAUAGAGGCUAAUGCAGGGCAAUUGACGACUCAUAAGGAUGGUACAGCUAACAAGGAUUUAUCAGGAGGAUCAAUCCUUAGUCAUCAUGAGCAUGUCUUGAGGAAGGACUUCACUUUAAGAAUUCAUGGAACUAAUAAAGUUGAUGGUUUUACAGAGUCUAAUGAAGGGGGAUUGACAACUCAUAUGAACAGUAUAGCUAACAAGGAUUCUUCAUCCCCCUCAACUGCAAUUAGGAAAGGAAUUUCUGUAAGUAGAGAUUCUAAUAGCCAUUCAGACUAUGUUCAAUCAUCACUGAACAAAUUUGUAACCGUUAGUAAGAGGAAGCAUGAAAGCAUUAGUACUGUGUUAUCUGAAGUGCCUGUCUUAAGAAAUCAAAGUCUUCAUAACCAAUUGAAGAACAACCAAUCAGAAAUGCAUGAUUUGGAAGCAAGAGAUCAAGUUGAUGAUUCUUCUGAGGUGAAUGAGAAUGAGCCAAGAAAAUUUCUGAGAGUGGAUUGCAUCUUUGAUGAAAUUGAAAAUCAUUGUUCUCCUAGAGGCAACAAUAAUGAUGGAAAACCUGGAGAGGAAUUAGAGGAUCAUGAAAAAGCAGUGCCUUCAGCUGGUAUAGAAUUAAUUGAAUCAUUCAGCAAGAAUCCUGAGGGUAUACUUGAGAAAGCAUCUACAGCUUUAACUUCAGAGUCUUUAUCCUCCGCUUUAGUUGUAAGUGUUCCCAUGCCUUCGUCUGGUCAAAGGAUAUGUUCCACCUUGGAGUUUAGAUUUCAAGACCUAUUGACAAAGAGGCGGCAGAGGAUGUCAAGAAUACUGUACACUGGUGACAGAUUUCAGAGCAUGAAGACGAAAAGGUGUUAUACUGCUGCAACGCUUGGGCUUUCUCAACCAGAGAAUGAGGAGAAAAAAACACAAGCUUUAGCUGCAGCUACUACAGAGUUAGAGAAACUUUUCAAAAAAGAAGACUUUAGCCGAAUGAAGGUGAUUGGGCAAUUUAAUCUUGGUUUCAUCAUUGGGAAGUUAGACCAAGAUUUAUUUAUUGUGGAUCAGCAUGCUGCUGAUGAGAAAUAUAAUUUUGAGCGUCUUGCUCAAUCGACCAUCUUGAACCAGCAGCCUUUGCUUCGGCCACUGAGAUUGGAGCUAUCUCCUGAAGAAGAAGUAGUUGCUUCAAUGCAUAUGGACAUAAUCAGGAAAAAUGGGUUUGUUUUGGAAGAGGAUCCACAUGCUCCACCAGGGCAACAAUUUAUGCUCAGAGCUGUUCCCUUCAGUAAAAACAUUACUUUUGGAGUCGAAGACGUCAAGGACUUAAUUUCUACUCUUGCUGAUAGUCAAGGAGAAUGCUUAAUGAUCAGUAGUUACAAAAUGGACACAUCUGGUUCUGUUUGCCCAACUAGAGUUCGUGCAAUGUUGGCGUCUCGUGCUUGCAGAUCAUCCGUCAUGAUUGGAGAUCCACUUGGACGAAAUGAAAUGCAGAAGAUACUUGAGCAUUUGGCAGACUUGAAGUCUCCGUGGAAUUGCCCACAUGGCCGGCCAACAAUGCGACAUUUGGUAGACCUGACAGUCUUAAGCAAAGGACCAGAUGAAAAUGACACAAGCUCUUGAUCCACCUUCCCUGUGGUUUUGCCUCUUAAUCUUUUCGUUAACUUAUUCUGUAUAUGAAUAUAGUUUCCUUUCAUUUCUCAUUUCGAUAGAUGUUCGCUAAUGAGUAGUGACAAGCGCUGUAAAUGUACAUACUAGGAAUGGCUGCCUGAUCGGUUCCUUGUGGCUUUAUUGUUCUCUUUUUUGUUUGAGUAAUGUUGUUCCAAAGAUGAAUAAAGGAUUUAAUUCUCGUCUUGAUACUCAAACAAGCGUCCAGCCUAGGAACCAAGGUGGCAAAAAUGACGUGGUUAAAACAAAAAUUAAAAAAAAAAAAAAGGGUUUCUUGUUGGUGGACUUUCAGCCUAAAUUCUAUGGAACGAGAUAAAAGGUGAAACUGGCUCCGAAUUAUCUAAAUUUGCUGGGUCAGUUACUAACCCAUGAAACUAUUUACAGGUGCAGAUUAGGCUCUUGCUGUCAUAUCUCACCCAAAUUCACAACAUUGGAUUCCAAAUGUUUUUCAUCUCGUCUUAUCACAUUAAGCCACAGUCAAUGAUACUAUGAAGCUGAACAAAUGCGUCAGGGCGGUGACAAUCUUGUGCAAGUACAACUAGUAAAAAAAAGACAAAACCUGUCGGUUCGCUCACGUCAGAUUGGUUAAAGUGUUAAAGACAAAAUGCGGUCAAAUAAUAGAAUGUGGGCAAAAAUGAAAACCCCGCCUGGAUCCCCCUCAAAUCAAACUCUUUAUUUAAACCUCUAACUGAGGUUUAUUUUGUCAACAAAAUUUUUUUUAAAAAAAAGUGAGAUCGACUGGAAGCCUGAAGGUUGUCUUUCUCUCCUCAGCUCUCUUCAUCUCUCUUGUUGCUUUUUUUGUUCUUCGUUAGGUUUGUACUUCAUUCCGAAGAGAC